AUGAACCACUGCGCGGUCCAGCAGAGCGCGAUGGCAGCCUACGAGGAGAUGCGCAGACCCUUCGUCUCCAUUGUCUCCGACCGGAGGGACCCCAUCUUCUGCCCUAAGCCCGGCCGUCUGAGCCGCUUCGUCGCCGCCGCCGACGCCAUUAGACCUCUCCGGUGGCAUCUCGGGUGAGAACCGCCGGAAUCCUCCUUCUCCGCCUCCCCCCCUUCUCUCUCUCUCUCUCUCUCUCUCUUCCCAAGAAAGAUCUCUGACCGCUCUGCCGGAUGCAUCUUGCAGGCCUCAGACGGAGCCCUGUGAUUCGAAACCCGGAUCAGAAGUCUUGGAUAUCAUCCUAACCAAGGUGUUAGAUUUCUCCCUUGCGAUAUCUCUUUCUUCUUUUGAUGAUUCCCCAGAUGGGUCUAGAUUUUCUCGAUCGGUUCUGAUGGAUAGAUAGAUCUCUUCUUCCUUUUCUUCUCCCCUGUUUUGCUUGAAUCUGAUGGAUCUCCUUGGAACAUCGCAGGGCGCCUUCUCCGACGCCGGCGAGGCCCUGGUGGGUUCGUCGCCGCCGUACUUCUGCGGCUCCCCGCCGAGCAGAUCGACUAACCCCGUCGCCCUCGACGCCCGCUUCGGCGAGGCCGAGGCGGCGCCGCCAUUAACCCUGCUGCCCACGCCGGCCGCCGCCACCGCGGUUUCGGGCGGCGCCGCCCGCACGGCGGCAGGCUGCGUCCGCGCUAAGUUCGGCCCCGUGCCCGCCGCCGUCCGCAUCGAGGGCUUCGACUGCAUCGACAGCGACGGCCACCGCCGGAGCCGCGGCAUCGCCGCCGUCGCCUAG